CCAAAACGCAUUGCAAUCCUAUAUGCGCAUAACACUAUAAACUUCUCACUGCCAUAGCCUACAUCGUUCCAACCAAUUCAUACAAUGAAGUUCCAUGCGGGGAAUCCCAUUAUCAAAUCAAAAAAUCAGAGAGCAGCCAAAGUUAUAACUCUGGUGACGACAUGUUUCGCUACAGCUUUGGAUAUAUUGAACUUAUCUGCUGUCAAUAUUGCCUUACCGUCGAUUGCUGUUGACUUGGAGCUGGAUGCUUCAACAGCCGCAUGGUUGAUUGCAUCUUAUGCCAUCGCAUUCGCUGCCUUUUUGUUACCAGCUGGUAAACUAGGUGAUCUUUAUGGCUAUCGUAUCAUCUACCUCGUUGGAAUGCUCCUCUUUCUAGUAGCGUCCAUUGUGAAUGCUGUGUCUCCCAAUCCAUAUAUGCUCUUUGUUUUUAGAGCUAUUCAAGGGCUCGGUGCCGCUUGUACAAUACCCAAUGCUAUUGCGCUCAUUGCAAAUAGUUACAAUGAUCAUGAUGCAAGACGAAUGGCUCUCUCAAUCUUUGGCGGCUCAGGGGCAUUCGGCUUAUCUAUUGGACUUAUACUUGGCGGUGUUUUGGCGUCUACCAUUGGAUGGCGAUGGAUUUUUUUUGUAUCAGGCAUCAGUUCAUUUGUUAUGUUCAUUCUAGCGUUCCUCUAUGUUCCAGAUUUCAGGCAUGAAGGUUCAGCGGAAAAGAUCGACAUGUUUGGAUUUCUCCUAGUGAUAAGCGGAUUUGUUCUCCUGAUUUAUGCUCUUUCUGAUGGACAAUGGCAUCUUGCUCGAGAUCCUGCAACUCUCGUUAUUGGUGUCAUUAUCAUUACGGCUUUUAUGGUGUGGCAGCUCAAAGCUACUUUCCCACUUAUACGACCAUGUUGGUGGCGCCGACAAAACUUCGCUGGCGCUUUUAGUAUCAGUUUCUUGCGUUAUGCAGCAUUCUCGGGAUAUAUCUACAUAACGACCCUCUUGUUUCAAGAUGCUUUCGGUUAUUCUGCCAUUCAAUCCGCUCUUUAUUACCUACCUAUGGGGUUUGUCGCCUUCAUAAUGGCAAAUUGCAUGGGCUAUAUAACACCUUAUGUUGGAGUACGUGCAGUCAUGUUCAUUGGAUCCUUGCUGGCUCUGUCUGCUAAUCUCGGGAUGCGAUUCUACACGCCUGAAAUUGGCUUUUGGAAACUUAUCUUCCCAAUGCACAUCAUCAUGGGGUUUGCUUUACCAAUGCUUUAUGUAGCGGGUCAAAAUGCCAUGAUUGCCGGUGCACCGCAGAGCGAGACAGGAACUUUAGGCGCCGUGUACAGUGCUUCUGGUCAACUUGGAUCUGCCGUGGGAACCGCUAUUAUGGCAGCUGUUAUCAAUGGGGUCAACAACGGAGUAACGGAUAUUUCUGGACUUCCAGGAUACCAUACUGCUUUUUACGUGAAUAUAGGCUUACUCUCGGUCUCUGCAAUUGUUAGUGCGCUUUUCAUCAGAAACGAAUGCAGGAAUGACUUUACAUCGAAAGAGAAGGAAGCUGGAGUUUCAUCGACAUUGGAUUCUGCUACAGAUUUGGAAAAAGGAGAUAUUGUCCCAAAGGAAAAGGAAGCCAUUGAAACUGAUGUUCAACCCAUCGAAAUAGACACCAUACCCAUCUAAACGAACACUUCGACUUCACGAGUCAUAUCCUACAUUUUAUUUGUUACCUUCGCAAAUUCAUUAAAUGGUACUUGAUGUUUUUUUGGCAUUGUAGAUCGAUUGUACAAAGUUUUAU